AUGGAGAGGAUGAUUAUCUUCUGUGUGCUCUUCUUCUGUUCCAGUAUGGUUCUGACUGCAACUCCACAAAAAGCAAUGAAAUACAAACAGCUUGUAAAGACAAUUGGUCAGUUAGAAGAUGUAGUGAAAGAUAAGGAUGUUGAAUUGCUGCAUACACCAGAAAACCCUGUGGACGAAUGCCUGUUCACAGCUGUGACCUGCUUCCAGAAUGGCACACUGAAAUUACAGCCAAAGAACAGCCAAGUAAACUCUAAGUUCAUCAAAACAGUUAACAUCUUGAAAAGACCCAUUCUCAAAGACUCUGGAAAGCAGUGUGAGUCUACAUGUGAAUCUUACGAGAAAAAAUCCCCCAAGGAGUUUUUGAAGAGCUUCUCAAAGUUGAUGAAAAAGGUAAUCAAUCAGAGUUGACUUCUGUUUUUUGAUGUUUUGUAAACAAGAACCGAUGUCUGUAUUUUCCAUUAUUCCUAACGUUGAGUUGUUUUCACAGUUUUUCAAGGAGUAAUACAGGACACAUGAGACCUGAAGGCUACAGAAAAUCUACUAUUUAAGGCAGACACUAUACUAUUUAAGACAACGUGAAAAAUGUAAAUAUUUUCCAUUGCUACUGUGCUGUGCUCUGUGUGUGUGGUAAGUGAAAGCUUCUCCCCAGUAUUAAGGAGGCUUAUUUGGAUGGCUAUUCUUAAGACAGAUG